AUGCGGCGCGAUAGAGGGCUCGCCAACGCCACCGUCGAGGACGAAUACUCCACGAAGCCAGCUGCGCGGAGCUCACGGGACGGCACCAGCGUUCCCGCGGGCGGUAGCGACGGGAGUACACCCAUCAGGACGCACGGCCCCGAGGUUCCAGCUGACGGCUCGCCGCCACACGUCAACUGGGAUGGCAAGCGCUGGCCGGCCGCCAGAGUGGCAAAGCAUUUCACCAACAGCCCGCGUCACAGCGAAGCCUCGCAGAAGCACUUCACUUCCGUGGCGCGAACCAGGGGACCCAGCCCAUUUCGACACGAGCUCCCAGUACUCGCCAAUUUCGUGGUGGGCCUUGACGCGAGCGCCUUCGCGACAGCCACCAUCACUAACCUGGUGCGCCAGGACCCAGUUACUAGCUCGGGCACCGAGGUGGCUCGGCAUAUUGCAGCAGGCGCAGGGGCAGGGACAUGGCUUGCCCCCAAGCAAAAGGUCAGCGAGUCACCCCGGGGCCGGCGCGUGGGCCAUUACCCUGGCAGGGACGACCCAGCGGGGCUUCCUGGUCGAGUUGGCCUGACCCCAGGGGGCUCAGGGAUGGGACCGCCGCCCCCCCACGGCAAGCAGGAGGACCACGAGGCCGGCGACGCACCCGCAGGCUCGGUCGAGGGCGAAGAAGAGGAGCUCGACGCACCAGGUGCCGCGAACGACGCCGAGGUACACGACGGCGCCAGCGGCGCUACCACAGAAAGGGACCACUCUGUGGAUUUCGGCGGCCCGCGACCAGCACCCCCAGCAGAGUCGCCGAGCGAGCACGCUGUAGCGGACGAGGGCCCCCAGCAGCCUGGCAGCUCGCCCGCGCCCUCGCUCGAGCACAGCCGCGAGGACAAAAGCCAGCCCCCAGCCGAUAAGAUCGCGUGCCUCCAGAAGCUCUUGGGAGUUACGUUCAACGGGAUCUGGUACGGCUACACACAGAAGUACCCCAACCGCGCCAAAGGGGCGUCCAAAAGUAACCCCUUCCUGCACGACGAGGCCACGUGCAAGGGCUUCUUGGACGCCUGGCGCAGAUGUGGCUUCGACGCCGACGAGAUGGAACGGCAGCUGCAGCUCAAAGUGCCCGGAUGCCAGGCCAGGUUGCGACGACACUCGCCCAUGGUGCCCGCGUUCCUGGGUGCGUUCCUGGGUGCCCAGGUGCGGGAUGCCCGUGUGUCCAGGCGCCUGAGUGCCCAAUCGCCCGCGUGCCUCAGUGCCCGGUGCCCGCUUCACAAGGAGAGCGGCGCGGGCGCCUACGACACGGCCGCCGGCCUGGACGGCGAGGGCCGGCGGUCCUGGAGGCGCCCGCAGGCCCAGGGCGGCGAGCGAGACGGGGCGCGGCGCGAGCUCGACGAAGCCAGGCAAACCAUGGACGAGCAAAGGCUCCGAGAAGCAAUUGCACAGGCAGAGCAGAUGGGCCUGGAGGGGAGCGAGGAGGUGCUGGCCGCCAGGCGCGCCUACAGCGAGGCGCUGCGCCGGGACCUGCACCAGCAGCCCCAGGAGAUGUUGCAGUUCGCGGUGGACCACAAUGAGGAGCAGAUGAUCGCCGACGUGUUUCAGGAGAUGAAAGACCGAGGUGCUCCUGCAGCAGAAGAUAUCGCUGCCGCAAGGGCGGCCGUAGAGGCCGUGGAGGCCCUGAGGAGCCCGGUGCCCGGCCGCAGGAGACGGAGCUGA